AUGUCCUUACACCAGACGAUCUGGGGCUGGGCGGAAUUGAGCGGCAGUGUCCACUGUGUAGCCACAACUGCCGCGUGGUCCGGACAGAUGUGGGCUACUUAUUGGGGCCUUGGCUUGGUCCUUGCAGCGGAGUGCCUACCUGUCCUUAUUGUGACAGGUGUGGUGUUUGGCGUGAUCGGAGGCGCGAAUGAGAUCGUUCAUGGAGCUGCACGCGAAGAUCCCUGGCGUGUUGCUUCAGGCACAUUUGCAAUUGCAACAAGCGCAGCCGGUGGUGUCUCACAGUGGCUGCAGAAUGUGAGACAUGUGAAGUACGCCGGAAAAGCCGUUAAGGCAGCCAACGCCGCAAAGAAGGCAGGGGCAACAGUUGGAAAAGCAAAACAGGCUGCCAAAAUGACCACCAGUGCUGCCAAGGCGUUGAAACAAGCAAAUGUGGUGGAAAAAAUCAACAAAGGUAUCUCUGCCACGCAAAGCUGCGUCACUGGUGCGAAGAAGGUCGUGAAGGACACGCCUGCUGCUGCCGAGGGCUUGCUUCAGGGAAAUUGUUCAAAAGCCCUUGAUGUGGCAGCUGGAGUUGCUGUUGGAGCUUUGAGUGUGGCAGCUGCGGCUUCUCAAUGUGGGGGGUCAUCCGAGCCGUGGAGCCAUGCCGUGGGCAAAGCUGACAUUGCCAAGGAUGCCCGCAUCAAGGUGCGGGAAAUAGCUCAAGUGACCCGUCAGAAAGGCCCCAAUCCUUCCUUCAACAUCGGAGGUCACGAAACGAAGAGCCUGGACAAGGUGCCGCAUGGUGUAAGGAAGCUUUGGUGGAAGCAGCUGCUGGAAUUAAGGAAGCCAACAACAAGAUCCUUGACCACGGUAACAUUGAACCUGCAACUGUUUUGA